AAAUUUGUCGUCUUUUCUGGAACUUGUGUGUAUGAUAUAUAUAUUUUUUGUAGAAAGGCAAUCUCAGCUGUAAUUAUAAAGAUAUACAUGCGCGUCGUAUUGAAAUAAAAGUGAUAUAUAUUGAAUACGUAGUACACAUUUUUUAUAUCAUUGUACCUGCUUUAAUAUUGCUCAUAAUAUUUUAUGAAUAUUAAUACAUAUUUAUAAAUUAUUUAAUAUGUCUGAAAAAUAUGAUACCACAAAAGUGAGUGAUGAGAGUGGUGAUGAAGAGUCGAAUGUAUCUCUCAAAUUGAGACUGCCCCCUAUAGAAAUAGGUCCAAAUGAAAAUCGUUUACAAUAUGGUUAUGCAUUAUGGUUUAGUAGACGUUCUGUUGGCAAACAAAGUGAUAGACGUUAUGCAGAGAAUUUAAAAUUUAUUGGACGAUUCGGAAGUGUUGAACAAUUUUGGUCUCUCUACAGUCAUUUAGCAAGACCAUCAGAACUAUUGCCAUACUCGGAUUUCCAUCUGUUUAAAAAUGGUAUAAAACCCAUGUGGGAAGAUUUAGCCAAUCGACAGGGUGGAAAAUGGGCAGUGACAUUAAGGAAAGGUUUAGUAAAUAGAUGUUGGGAAAAUCUUAUUUUAGCAAUGUUAGGAGAACAAUUUAUGGUAGGAGAAGAAAUCUGUGGAGCAGUGGUAUCUAUAAGAUUUCAGGAAGAUAAAGUUAGCAUAUGGAAUAAAACAUCUUCAGAUACUGCAACAACUGGACGAAUUAAAGAUACUCUUCGGCGUGUUCUUCAAUUGCCUAGUGAUGCUUUAAUGGACUAUAAACCACACAAUGAAAGACUCAAACAUGCAAUUAUUAAAAGCCAAAGUGAAGGAGCUGUUAAAUCGACUUUUUAAGACAAUAGAAUUACAACUAAUCAUCAGAUGUUAUGUAUAUCAUAACAUCAAAUGUAUUAUUUUUUAUAAUUGAAAUUGUUAUUGAUAUAAUAACACAAAAAUAGAAUUAUUCAUUUUUUUCAUUUCUAAAUUGAUAAAAU